UCGAUCGAUCAAACCAUGGCGAACGUCUCGGUUGCCGCGGAGUGGCAGCUCCUCUACAACCGCUACUACCGUAAGCCCGAAAUCUACCGAAUGAGCUGGAAGCACGUAGAGCUCAACCGCAACAAGGUCGCCUGCGCACCCUUUGGCGGCCCCAUCGCCGUCAUCCGAGACGAUUCCAAGAUCGUCCAACUCGGCGGCGAAUCGGCCCAGCGGAAGCUCCGCAUCUUCAGUUCCGCUGGCCAUCUCCUCGGCGAGACAAUCUGGAAACACCCGGGCGGCCGAUUAAUCGGCAUGGCCUGGACCGACGACCAGAACCUAGUCUGCCUCGUCCAAGAUGGCACCGUUUUCCGCUACACCAUACAUGCGGAGCUCGUCGAGCCAAGUAUCUCCAUGGGGAAAGAGUGCUUCGAGCGAAACGUCGUGGACUGCGUUUUCUGGGGAAACGGCGUCGUUUGCAUCACCGAGACGAAUCAGCUGUUCUGCAUUUCCGAUUUCAAGAACCCGAACCCGAUUAAGCUUGCCGACCCGGCGAUCGAGGACCCGCCUCUCUGUAUGGCGGUGAUCGAGCCGCAGUACACGAUGUCGGGAAACGUGGAGGUUCUGCUCGGUAUCGGAGAUGCUUGCGUUUUGGCUGUGGAGGAAGACGGGGUUCAGCAGCUAGGGCUGGAGGUGCUCCGCGGGCCGAUUCAGAAGAUGGCGGUUUCGAGAGAUGGGCAGUGGCUUGCUUCCUUCACGCACGACGGUCGUUUGUUGGUGAUGACUUCGAAUUUGAACGAUAUUCUCAUUGAGCAGGAAUGUGAGUCGGCUCUUCCUCCGGAACAGCUAUCUUGGUGUGGAAUGGACACUGUGCUUCUUUAUUGGGAUGAUAUGCUUUUGAUGAUGGGUCCUAGAGGUGAUCCAGUACGCUAUUUUUAUGAUGAACCGAUAAUUCUUAUUCCCGAGUGUGAUGGAGUGAGGAUAUUAUCUAACUCGAGCAUGGAGUUUCUACAACGGGUGCCUGACUCCACUGAAUCCAUCUUCAAGAUUGGAAGUACAUCGCCUGCAGCUUUGUUGUAUGAUGCUUUGGACCAUUUCGACAGACGAAGUGCCAAGGCAGAUGAGAAUUUGCGACUAAUACGCCCAUCCUUGACGGAGGCCGUUGAAGCAUGUAUUGAUGCUGCUGGUCAUGAAUUUGAUGUUCUACGCCAACGAACGCUCCUAAGAGCUGCAAGCUAUGGCCAAGCCUUUUGCAGCAAUUUUCAACGUGAUCAUAUUCAAGAGAUGUGUAAAACUUUGCGGGUAUUAAAUGCUGUUCGGCAUCCUGACGUUGGAAUGCCUCUAAGUAUUCAACAAUACAAGUUACUUACACCAGCAGUUCUGAUCAGUCGUUUGAUCAAUGCCUACAAACACUUUCUGGCACUACGGAUAUCAGAGUACCUUGGAAUGAACCAAGAGAUGGUGAUUAUGCACUGGGCAUGUUCCAAAAUAACAGCGUCCUUAGCAAUUUCUGAUACCAAUCUCCUUGAUAUUUUGCUUGAUAAGUUGAAACUAUGCAAAGGAAUAUCCUAUGCAGCAGUUGCUGCUCAUGCAGAUAAGAAUGGCCGCCGGAAGCUAGCUGCCAUGCUUGUUGAACAUGAACCACGCUCCUCCAAACAGGUUCCUCUAUUGUUGAGCAUAGGAGAAGAAGAUACAGCUUUAAUGAAAGCAAUUGAAAGUGGUGAUACAGACCUUGUUUAUCUUGUUCUCUUUCAUAUCUGGCAAAAGCGACAACCAUUGGAGUUCUUUGGAAUGAUACAAGCUAGAGCUCUGGCACGCGAUUUGUUUAUAAUUUAUGCACGGUGCUACAAGCAUGAAUUCUUGAAGGACUUUUUUCUAUCAACAGGACAACUUCAAGAGGUGGCUUUCCUUCUGUGGAAAGAAUCUUGGGAGAUCGGAAAAAAUCCAAUGGCAAGCAGAGGAUCUCCCCUUCAUGGUCCACGCAUAAAACUAAUUGAGAAGGCCCAUAAUCUUUUCGUAGAAACUAAGGAAUAUACCUUUGAGUCGAAGGCUGCUGAAGAACAUGCAAAACUUAUAAGGAUGCAGCAUGAGUUAGAAGUCUCAACAAAGCAGGCCAUUUUUGUUGACUCGAGUAUCAGUGAUACAAUUAGAACUUGUAUUGUUCUGGGAAAUCAUCGAGCUGCAAUGAAAGUGAAAACAGAAUUCAAGGUUUCUGAGAAGAGAUGGUAUUGGCUAAAAGUUUUUGCUUUGGCUACAAUCAGAGAUUGGGAUGCCUUGGAGAAGUUCUCAAAGGAAAAGAGACCGCCAAUUGGUUACAGGCCAUUUGUGGAGGCGUGUGUUGAUGCAGAUGAGAAAGGAGAGGCUUUGAAAUAUAUCCCAAAACUCACAGAUCCUCGGGAAAGAGCGGAGUCUUAUGCUCGGAUUGGCAUGGCCAAGGAAGCUGCUGAUGCUGCCUCUCAGGCGAAAGAUGGUGAAUUGCUUGGUCGACUCAAAAUGACCUUCUCACAAAAUGCUGCUGCUUCAUCAAUUUUUGAUACUCUUAGGGACCGAUUUGUGUCAUAGUUUAUCUGCCUCCUUCCUCUCCCUUUAUUUUUAAUUUAUUCUUGUCGAUCGUGUGUAUUGUGUGCAUAUUCUUGACAUUGUACAUGACAUGAUGAAUGUGUAAAGGCAGAUGAGUUUCGUUUUCAUGCA